AUGUCGAAUACGAGCACCAAAGAUAUACGGAAAGGUAAGCCAAGAAGGGGAACCGGUUUUGAUUUACUUGAAGUGACUGAAUCCCUGGGUUACCAGACACACAGGAAAAAUGGAAGAAAUUCCUGGUCAAAGGACGAUGACAAUAUGUUACGGUCACUGGUGGAUGAAUCUGCGAAGGAAUUGGGCUAUGGAAAUGGACUUGAAGACGUUAAAACAAUUCAACAGUCAAACCAUCUUUCGAAAUGUAUCGCUUGGGAUGUUUUAGCCACGCGAUUCAAACACACCGUUAGAACUUCCAAGGAUGUAAGAAAGCGUUGGACAGGAUCUCUUGAUCCAAACUUGAAAAAAGGCAAAUGGACACAAGAAGAGGAUGAGCAGCUUUUGAAAGCUUAUGAAGAGCAUGGACCUCACUGGCUGAGUAUCUCCAUGGACAUUCCGGGCAGGACAGAGGACCAAUGUGCCAAGAGAUACAUUGAAGUGUUGGGGCCUGGAAGUAAGGGGAGGCUGAGAGAGUGGACCCUUGGGGAAGAUUUGAAUUUGAUAAGUAAAGUUAAAGCAUACGGCACGAAAUGGAGGAAGAUUUCAUCGGAAAUGGAAUUUAGACCAAGUUUAACGUGUAGAAAUAGAUGGCGGAAAAUCAUUACAAUGGUAGUACGAGGGCAAGCAUCGGAGGUAAUAACCAAAGCUAUCAAAGAAAACAAAAACAUAGAUAUUAAAGAUGGCAAACUCCGACAACAACCUAUUGUAGAUUCGGAUAUACGGCCGGAUUAUGCACUAAAUAACGAGGAACAGUCACAACUAUCCCAACAGAAUAACGCUUCAUUAAUAAAGCAAGAUAUAGUGAAUGUUAAAGAGAUAGAAUCAAGUAAAUUACCAAGAUUAAAAGAGAAUGAUAAAGAUAGUUCAAAUGAAACUAAGCAACAGUCAUUGCCCCCCUUAAAAGAUAUUUCUGUACCUCCCCCCAUAAGAAUGAUGCAGGUCAGUCAGCCUCAUAUAAGUAGUAGUAGGAGCAAAGUCUCUUUACCUUCUGAAAGUCUAUCUCCCAUGAAUAAGCAAAGUCUGGGAGGAAUUCCGGAUAGUCCUCAGACAAACCUCCCACCAGCAUUCAUCCCAGCUUCUCUCGAUGAGCAUAUGAUGAGUAACGCUGGUAUUUCGGAUUCUCCGAAACAUGCAUCCUCUACUGUGAAAACAAGAGAACCGAAUUCCUCCAGUACGCAAUGGAAAUUCACAUUGAAAGAUGGUCAAGGUCUAUCAAUCUCGAAUGGAACUAUCGACAGUACCAAAUUGGUAAAGGAGCUGGUUGAUCAAGCUAAAAAGUACUCUUUGAAAAUUUCCAUACAUCAGCAUAUUCAUAACCAUUACGUCACGUCCACAGAACACCCCGUUAGCAAUAACGUUAAUUUGACAAAUAAUGGGAAUAUUAAUGGAAACUCUUUACUAAUCGAUAGUUUUCCACAUAUGGGUAGACAAUUGGUAAACGGUCUUCCUGGGUUAGGUUCAAACAACGAUACUUUUAACCCGGAAUACAGAACUUCUCUUGACAAUAUGGAUAGUGAUUUCUUAUCAAGAACCCCCAACUAUAACGCAUUUAGCUUGGAACCCACUUCACAUAGCUCUGUUGAUAACGCGAAUGAACUUGGCCCACAAAGUAAUAGAGGGACAAACAGCCCGUCUGUGUUUUAUCCUCAAGCAAGCACGCUGGUUCCAACCAACUCUACUACUACGACUAGUGAAAUUAUUACAGGAAAUGCCAGUGCCAAUAGCAUGUCACCAAACUUUAAUGGAACAGGCGGUAAGGCACCAAGCUCUACGGCUUCAUAUACAACAAGCGGUUCUGAGAUGCCGCCUGAUGUGGGCCCCAAUAGAAUAGCUCAUUUUAAUUAUUUACCACCAACAAUACGACCUCAUUUAGGUUCAUCAGACGCGACAAGAGGUGCCGACUUGAACAAGUUACUUAAUCCAUCUCCAAAUUCGGCAAGAAGUAGUAGUAGCAAAACUAAAAAAAGAGACAAAAAAAAAAGUGAACUUUCUGGACAUCAUUCUUCAUCCUCUUUGACAACCAACAAAUUCAGCCAUAUUGAUCAAUCAGAAAUAUCAAGAACAACAUCCAGAUCCGAUACUCCAUUAAGAGAUGAAGACGGUUUAGAUUUCUGGGAAACCUUAAGGUCUUUAGCUACUACUAACCCAAAUCCUCCGGUUGAGAAACCUGCUGAAAAUAGGGAGGUCGCAUCUCAUGUGGUACACCAAGGAAUCGUAUCCCACACAGAGGAUGAAGGUCUUGGUUCCCAUAGUGGAGAGUAUGAUUUUUUUAACGAGUUGUUGGAUAAAAAGGCAGACACACUGCACAAUGAAGCUAAGAAGGCAAAAGAUCAUGAUAUGGCGUCAGGAGGUUCUACGGAUAAUGGGUCAGUCCUGCCAUUAAACCCAAGUUGA